AUGCCUCUCGUCGGCGUCCGAGACGGCGCUGGCGACCGAGGCCUCGCCGGCCCCAUCGUGCUACGAGCGCCAGUUGAGCCCUUGCGGCCACCAGACUUAUCCUGGUUCCAGCAUCAAACGAACUGGAUGACGCGCGUGGCUGCAGCUCGUCCUCCAUCGACACCGUGCCCGGACUCCGCUGCCCUCGGCUCCGGCACGCCGCCCCCGGACUUCGCUGCCGUCCUCGGCCUCCGCCACCGCCCACCGCCGCCAGCCACCGCGAGCUCUGGCGGUACGGGCGGCGCGGACGACGCGAGCUCCGACGGCACGGGAGACACGGGCUCCGGUGGCGCAGGCUUCGGCGGAGGGCACCGCGCCGGUGAGGACGAGGCGAAGCAGCCGCGUCGUGCGAGUCUGCGAGGCGGAGCCGUGGAGGGGCUGGGAGAUGUGAAUGAAACAAUUAAAAAAUCUAAAAAUGAGUGGGACCCACCAAUCAACAACCGGUGA